AUGGAGACAUGUUUUCGAGUUGGCAAAAAAAAAAACCAAGCUCGCAGUAUUACUACGGAUCUGGGCAUGCUGACGCUACUUCGCCGCCCGAAUAGGGAAGGGCGCGCGGUUAGGGGAUCGAACGCUAUCUCGCGCGGCGAACGGGUCGCGGUGUCAACGCACCGCGCCCCCUACCACGGCCACGAAACGAUACCGACGGCGUGGCAGAUCGAACUUUUGCAUACGACAACGGUGACCGUUACACGAAGGUCGCGU